CUGUUUGAUCAGCAGUUUAUCGAUCAGUUUAAUGCUUACUCGUUCACUGUAACACGGUUAACUGGUUUAACGGUCACCGCUGGAGUUUGACGCUCGUGCUGGAGGUUUAAAUGCAGAAAUGGCGGCGCUUGAGGCCUGCGUGAGAUUAAACACGAUUACAAACACACACAGAAGAGAGUGUUAGAGAGACAGACAUGUGUGUGACAGCAGUGUGUGUGUGUUUGUGUAAUUCGAGUUUAUUAGUGGUUUGAUUUCGUCAGAGCAACGUUAGCAGCGGUGCUAAUAUGUUAGCUUGUUAGCAUGUGUAUGCGGAGGAACGGCGCAAUAUUUGCGGUUCUGUCACCGAAUACUUCUACAGAACUAACCGCACUGGACCGUCAUUCAUUCAAAACGAACAUGUAAUAAAUAAUUUAAUAAAGUCAUUUACACUUAUGUAUGCGUCUGUAAACUAAAGUGACUACAGCCGCGCGCCGGUUACAGGCCGCAGAUCAUAAACACACCAAGUAUCCCUGGCUGCAGCUUGCAGAAUGGGGCGGGGCAACACGUGUCGCCCCGCCCAUAACUUACUCUCAUUGGCUCGGUUUUCUUUUAGUGGUGUACAUGAUAUGAGAUUCGUUUUAAAAUAGUGUAGCCCGAUAAUUUGUAUUAUAGUGCUGUGGCUCGUAAGUGAUAUGAAAUCGUAUUGUACCUCACGUGUCAUUGCAAACAAAUGUAGUAGGACUGAGUCGCAUGGACUUGUGAACAAAUUGUGUUGAUGUGUCUGCUGUCAUUCAAAUUUGUAAAUCACAAAUUAAUAAUAAUAAAAUCCUUCAUUAUAACACUUGAUUAGAGAAAUGAAUUAUGAAUUAAAUUAAUUAUAAAAUAUGUAAAAAAAAAUAUCACCACAGAGUGAAAAUGAAAAAAGUGUAUCAGUGUUGUAAUAUAAACAUUUUGAUUUAUAACUCAACAUAUGGGUUAUGAAAACCAACAGCAGCGCCUGUAAAUUAACUGUAAAUUACACUCUCACAAAAGUUAUAAAGAUGUAAUAUAAACGUAUUUUCAAAUAUCUUAAUAUUGGGGGACAGAAUACAAAAACCCAUGUCGUUCGUUCAAUCAUUCGUUCAUAAGGCAUGUGCUUGUAUGCAACGGGCAAUUCUCGAAAAACUGAGUGCAUGCAUGCACUUUUAGUCUCCCGGUUUCUGCCAUAAUAGCUCAUCACCAUCAUGAGGGAUUAUUUUGCAUGAUUAAUAAUAGAUUCUUUCGGGGGCCUGGGUAUCUCAGCGAGUAUUGAUGCUGACUAUCACCCCUGGAGUCGUGAGUUCGAAUCCAGGGUGUGCUAAGUGACUCCAGCCAGGUCUCCUAAGCAACCAAAUUGGCCCGGUUGCUAGGGAGGGUAGAGUCACAUGGGAUAACCUCCUUGUGGUCACUAUAAUGUGGUUCUCAUUCUUGGUGGGGCGCGUGGUGAGUUGUGCGUGGAUGCCGCGAGGAAUAGCGUGAAGCCUCCACAUGUGCAAUAUCUCCACGGUAACACGGUCAACAAGUCAUGUGAUAAGAUGUGUAAAAUUGACGGUCUCAGAUGCGGAGGCAACUGAGAUUCGUCCUCUGCCACCCGGAUUGAGGCGAGUCACUACGCCACCACGAGGACUUAGAGCGCAUUGGGAAUUGGCCAUUCCAAAUUGGGGAGAAAAGGGGAGGGAAAAAAAUAGAUUCUUUCAUUGACCAAGUUUGCUUCAUGCACACCGUCUGUAUCUGCUCGAUCUAUUGAUUACCAUGUAUUUUAGGAAUUUAGUCAUUUUAAUUUAUGCCAUCAACAAUAGCAAACAAGAGGUUGAUGAACUGAUGAAAAUUGUUAUGCCAUUCUUGAGAUAGUUGCGGUGCUUUCACUCGUAUUCUAUAUUGAUUCAUAUUAAUUACUUUGAAGGAUUGAAACCGAUUAUCUCUCCUCCUCGCUCCAUAAAGGGUUUGGUUAUGUUUAAAAAAAAACAUUUGUUUUAGAACAUUUUCACGUCAGUUUCAGCCUUUAUAAAUCCCGAUUUAUUCCUCACUUAAAAUACAUGGAAUUUAGGAUUGAAUAUCACAUACAAGUAAUCAAAUGGUUUGGCUCAACUAUUCAAUAUCUCUCAAAGAGUGAUAACACCUGCAAUGACAACCACACCUCCUAUCAUGUAUGUCUAUGAAAGAUGAACGGGCCAAUGAGACUAUAUUAUGGGUGAGGCGACACCUGAAAAUCUGCCCCAUAUGUAGCCCCGCCUCAUUCUGCAGACUACAUAGGGGUUGUGUUGUUGUGUGUAUGAUAGUGUUGUGUUGUGUGUUGUUGUGUUGUGGUGUGUUUCAGCUAAGAAUGGCUCACAGUGACGGCUGAAGGACGGCAGGUGUCUCACACAUCUAUUGUCAUGGCCACGGGCUCCUGCAGGACAGACUCUAGCAAUGAUGUGAGGGAACGCGCGCAGCUGGACGCCAUUGUUUCAGGUGCCAAACUCAAGAGGAAGAAAAAUUGGUUUGGAACGGCCAUCUAUGUUGAAGUGACAUCAGAGGGAGAGAGCAAGAAAACCACCAAAUCUCACAGCUCAUCCAAUCCUAAAUGGGACGAGUGCUUGACUCUGAAUGUAACGGCACACUCGCAGCUGGACUUCAGAGUCUGGAGUCAUCACACACUCAAAGCAGACGUGCUGCUGGGGAGAGCCUCCCUGGACCUGAUAGAGACACUCCGCAAACAUGACAGCAAACUGGAGAAUGUUCGUGAGGUGUUGACUCUAACUGUGGACAGUAAGAAUGGUGUCGUGUCCACUGGUGAACUCACAGUCUUCCUGGACGGGCCCUCGUUAGACCUGCAGCACAUGCACAAUGGAAACUCAACCACUGCUAACAAAGUUCAUCAGAAUGGAGAUGCUCUUCAUGAGAACACAGAUGAAAGUUCUGCGAGGAUUCAGAACAGAUCUGUGAACGGUACAGACGGGCCUGAGAAUGAAGCCCCACCCACCACUGCCCACAGUGAAUUUAGCCCCUCCCCCCUCAUCAAUGGAGAUGGAGACUCCUCCCCCUCACACCAAACCCCCAGUCCAAAGGCCACACCCAAUCGACAGACUGCCAGCAGUGAUGUGAACUGCGCAGCUGUGAACGGUGAGGGUUGUGAGGUGUCGUCUGCAGCUGAUAAUGCAGUUGCAGCUGCAGAGAUCUCCUGCAGUUCUUCCUCCUCUCCUGCGGGUGGUGCUGUUGUCUCCUCCUGUGCUACUGACUCUUCAUCACCUCCUCCUCCCUCCUCAUCAGCAGCUGCUGCUCCCCCCGACUCCAGCCACCCCACCCCUGAUGGAGGAAAACCACAACAGCAGCCACCUCCCACCGGACCAGAACCACUACCACCCGGGUGGGAACAGAGGAAAGACCCUCAUGGCAGAACUUACUAUGUAGAUCACAACACCAGAACAACAACCUGGGAGAGACCACAGCCCUUACCACUGGGCUGGGAGAGGAGGGUGGAUAAUCGCGGCAGGGUCUAUUAUGUAGAUCAUAACACACGCACCACCACAUGGCAGCGACCCACGAUGGAGUCUGUGAGGAACUUUGAACAGUGGCAGUCACAGCGCAGUCAACUGCAGGGAGCCAUGCAUCAGUUCAACCAGAGAUACCUGUACUCGGCAUCUAUGAUGUCAGCAGAGAAUGAUCCACUGGGUCCACUGCCUCCGGGCUGGGAGCGCCGUGUGGACGCCAACGACCGCGUUUAUUUCGUCAAUCACAACACGAAAACGACGCAGUGGGAAGAUCCACGAACACAAGGGCUGCAGAAUGAAGACCCUCUGCCGGAGGGCUGGGAGAUUCGCUACACACGAGAGGGCGUUCGCUACUUUGUGGAUCAUAACACACGCACCACCACGUUCAGUGACCCUCGGACGGGCAAAUCUUCUGUCAUUAAAGGGCCACAGAUCGCAUACGAGCGAAGCUUCAGGUGGAAACUGGCUCACUUCCGCUAUCUGUGUCAGUCUAACGCUCUUUCCAGUCAUGUGAAGAUCACUGUAUCCAGACAGACGCUGUUUGAAGAUUCUUUCCAGCAGAUCAUGAACUUUAAGCCGUAUGAUCUGAGGAGGAGACUGUACGUCAUCUUCAAAGGAGAGGAGGGACUCGACUACGGAGGCCUUGCGCGUGAAUGGUUCUUCCUCCUCUCUCACGAGGUGUUAAACCCCAUGUACUGUCUGUUUGAGUACGCUGGCAAGAGCAACUACUGUCUGCAGAUCAACCCUGCGUCCACCAUCAACCCCGAUCACCUGUCAUACUUCUGCUUCAUCGGCCGCUUCAUCGCCAUGGCACUCUUCCAUGGGAAGUUCAUUGACACGGGUUUCUCAUUGCCCUUCUACAAACGCAUGCUCAAUAAGAAACUGAUCCUGAAAGAUCUGGAGUCAAUCGAUCCAGAAUUCUACAAUUCUCUCAUCUGGAUCAGAGAUAAUAACAUUGAGGAGUGCGGUCUGGAGAUGUACUUCUCAGUCGACAUGGAGAUCUUGGGCAAAAUCACGUCACAUGACCUGAAAGACGACGGUGCAAAUGUUCUGGUGACUGAGGAGAAUAAAGAGGAAUAUAUCGGGCUGAUGGCGGAAUGGAGAUUUUCUCGUGGUGUUGAGAAUCAAACCAAAGCGUUUCUGGACGGCUUCAAUGAGGUCGUGCCGCUGCAGUGGCUGCAAUACUUUGAUGAGAAAGAGCUAGAGGUGAUGUUGUGUGGAAUGCAGGAAGUGGAUCUUCAGGACUGGCAGAGGAACACAGUGUAUCGUCACUACACUCGCAACAGCAAACAGAUCAUCUGGUUCUGGCAGUUUGUGAAGGAGGUGGAUAAUGAGGUCCGUCUGCGUUUGAUGCAGUUUGUGACGGGCACCUGCAGACUUCCACUCGGGGGCUUCAGUGAGCUCAUGGGAAGCAACGGACCUCAGAAGUUCUGCAUUGAGAAGGUUGGCAAAGAGACAUGGCUGCCCAGGAGUCACACAUGCUUUAACCGACUGGAUUUGCCUCCGUACAAAAGCUUCGAACAGCUGAAAGAAAAGCUGCUCUUCGCCAUCGAGGAGACGGAAGGAUUCGGUCAGGAAUGAAACAUCUCACCGCUUUACGGCGACACGUCCAGCCAAGUAAAACAAACCAUGAAACUUGCACAGAUAAUUACCUAUGUAAAUAAGCUAUUUUGUCAUUUUAAACCAAAUCUUAAUAUAAGACCUCAUUUAGCGAUCUUUACGAUAACAUGAUUUCCCAUGAAUAUGCAAGUGUUUCAGCUUCUCUGAUCUUUUAAGUGCUGAUAUCGUAAUAACACUUUUGUGUUCUGCGUUUGGCAGGUUUUUGAAAUGAGCCUGAAUAAAAACUAUUAGAGAGGAUUUUAUAGUAGAACUCCAACAUACGGCUCUAGUUUUAUAGAGCUUAUACUGAAUGAUUGUAGAGCUUGAUCAGGUGCCUGGGGUUUAUUUCCUUGUCUUUAUUUUUGUUGUGUUGAUGGACAUUACGUUUGAUUAAGCGAUUGCAUGGCUGCAUACAGAGUGGGAACGAUCAUUUGACUCAGACAGACAGCUGUCUCACAUAUCAUUCAGCAGGUCAGGAUUGGCUCAUGACAGUAUUUGCCGUUUGUCACUUUCGAGUGUAAAUCAGUAUUUGAUCAGAAGGGCAGCAGCUGAAGUCCGUUGUGCUUUUAGCACUUAAUUCUUUCUGUGGCCUUUUGACUGUCAGUUCAAACGGGAGGAAAACUGUGUCCAUGACUAUCUUUCAUAUUAAAAUAUAUGAAUUUAAACGAA